AUGACUUGUGUUCAUUUGAAUGAAAGGAAAUUCAAAUGUAAUGAAGAAAAUUGUGGCAAAAAAUUCAAACGAAAAUAUAACUUAAUUCAACACAAACUCUUACAUUCGGGAGAAAAACAAUUUGUUUGUCAUUUAAAUGAUUGUAACAAAAGUUUUGCCCAAAUAUGGACUUUAAAGUAUCACAAGAGACGAUACCAUCAAUUAAAUUAA